AUGGAGGUUCCUCUGGUUAACUUUGAAAAUGUGGACGAUGUGGGCAUCAACUUGGGCGACCCAAGCGACUCCGGCUACCCGACGUCGCCCACGUCGGAGGCGGCGGAUCCCGAGCGAUCGCCCCGUCGCUCUUCCCCGCGUCCAUCCCCCGGCUGGGGCCGUCGUGAGGGUGCGUCCUCUUCCACGCCAUCCAAGGCCACCUCCAGUAGCUGCAGCCUGAUAUCAAAUAUAAAGCUUCUGGUGAACGGCGAGUCGGGUUCCGACGGCGUCUUCAGCAGGAUGCCGAGGGGCUGCUAUGACAACGAGGACCUGUUUGAGAAGACGGGCGGGGGGGACCGAGACCUGAGGGUGGUCAUCAACGUUUCGGGCCUGAUGUUCGAGACCCAGCUGAGCACACUCAACCGGUUCCCGGAGACUUUACUGGGCGACCCCGCCAAACGAAUACGUCACUUUGACGCCAUGAAGAACGAGUAUUUCUUCGACCGUAACCGUCCGGCCUUCGACAGCGUCCUGUACUUCUACCAGUCUGGCGGGCGGGUCCGUAGGCCGGCCAAUGUCCCGUUAGAUGUCUUCGCCAGUGAGAUCGUUUUCUAUCAACUGGGCCACGAAGCCAUGGAGCAGUUCCGUGAGGCCGAAGGCUUCGUCGACAAGCCCACGGUCUUGUUGCCGACCAACGAGCUCAAAAGACAGUUCUGGCUCCUGUUUGAGUACCCCGAGAGCUCCAGUGCGGCCAAAGCCAUUGCUUUUGUCUCCAUUUUUGUCAUCACGAUCUCCAUCUUUAUCUUUUGUCUGGAGACUCUCCCCGUAUUCAGGGAGGAUAGCGCUUACAUUCUCCGUGAAGAUCAUGCGUUUAACAAGAGCACGGAAAGUUCAGGUCCUCAACCUGCCUCCAGAGACUUGAUAGCCUACUUCACAGACCCUUUCUUUAUUGUCGAGACCAUUUGCAUCAUCUGGUUCUGCUUCGAGGCCGGCGUUCGUUUUGCCGCGUGUCCCAGUAAGCGCGCUUUCUUCUACAACAUCAUGAACAUCAUCGACAUCGUGUCCAUCCUUCCGUACUUCGUCACGUUGGGCACGGAGCUGGCGACCACCUCCGACGACGACGACGCCAGCUCCGGUCAGAACUUGUCCCUCGCCAUCCUGAGGAUUAUCCGCUUGGUGAGAGUGACUCGCAUCUUCAAACUGUCCCGCCACUCCAAGGGACUUCAGAUCCUCGGGCAGACCCUCAAGGCGAGCAUGCGAGAGCUGGGCUUGCUUAUCUUCUUCCUCUUCAUCGGUGUCAUCCUCUUCUCCAGCGCCAUCUUUUUCGCUGAAGUCGACGAGCCAAACACGCAGUUUGUCAGCAUCCCGGACGGAUUCUGGUGGGCGGUGGUUACCAUGACCACGGUGGGCUACGGAGACAUGUGCCCCAUCACCAUUGGCGGCAAGAUGGUGGGCACUCUGUGUGCCAUCGCCGGGGUGCUGACCAUCGCACUGCCCGUUCCUGUCAUUGUGUCUAACUUCAACUACUUCUACAAUCGCAAAGCGGAGCAGGAGGAGAAGCAGAGGAUUGACGACGCCACCGAGGCCCAGAAAAACUCAUUGGCCGAAAAAUCCCACAGCACGGCGACGCUGGACAAAAGCACCUGGAAUCUCGAGAAGAAUGGCUUCCACUCGUAG